AUGCUAGCCUCAAUAUUAAAAAAUUAUGGCUUCUAAUAUUCCACGGCGGCUCAUUUCAUUUCUUUUACUAAAUCACUUGGAACUAGUGCUUAGCGAUCUAUUUCAGGACAGGGAAUGGCUCAAUCCAGACUAUUUAUGCAGAGUAUGCGUAGAAAAUUUAGCACAAAGCCCAAAAAUCCAAGCAGCGGGAUGAGUAAGCCACAGAAAUAGAAGAAUGAGAAUAUAUAUUCUGCGCAUGAAGUUCCCGUCUUCCAAUUUGAAAAUGGCUAUUACCUGCUUUACUAUCACAAAACUACCUGGUUGAGACUGUUUGGAUUAUACUUGAGAUUCUUGAUUCCAUUGGCAAUUUUUGCAUAUUAUCUUAAGAAGAACCCAUUAUAUUCAUCAUACCCUGUGGUAAUGCCCUUCACGGUCAUCUUUUUCGGUAUAACAUUUUAUCGCAUGAUCAAGUAUUCCAGAAGAACAAACCAUAUGGUUUAGUAGAUUCUCCUAGACCCUACUGGCACUGAACUCGUAUUUAUCUAUCAGAAUAAAAUUCUGAGAAGAUUAAGAUAGGAUAAUCUCGAUGUAACAUUAGGAGUAGCUUAACUUGCCAAUCCUCCUUAAGGAGAUGAAUAUCGUAAUCUUGUUGGAACUCUCUUCCCAGAGGAAUAUCCAUUUAAUGUGAAUGAGCAGUAAGACCUGAACUAUUUCUUUCUAAAAUACUAUAUGUCUUAGCGUAACUUAUUAGCCAUCCCCAAAAAACCUAUUUACGCUAAUUUUGAGAUAUUAUGCAAUGCAUUUGCAACUAAAAUCAUAGAUCUUUCGCAAGCAACAAUAUACAAAAUUAAGGCCUCUCAGAUCGACUCAAAAUCAAGUCUAGAGCAAUUUCUGAAGUAAAAUAAUCAGUUUGACGCUGAAAAGAUAUUAUUGAGAAUGAAUGCAUUGGAAAUGAUGGACUCUUUAGAAUAAUAGAUAUUGUUUUAAAAGGAGGAAAAUGCUAAACAGUAAGAGAUCUUAGACUAGAGAUUACAUAAGAAACACACUCAAGUUAGGAAAUCAGGUCCCACUUAUAUUGAAGGCUCUUUGAAAGAAGUUGAUGUUGAUGAAAAGCUGCAAAACAUGGAUAAGAAGUAAUAAAUAAAGAAGCAGUAGUAGUAGGAGCCAAAGGUGUAGGUUAAAGCAGGAGUAGGCGUCACGAGAGUUUUGGACCCUUACACAGAUGCUGAAAACAAAAAAACUUAGCCAUUAACCUCUUAGUCAGAGCAAACUUCAAAUAAAAAUGUAAAUUGA